GAAAUAAGAGAGAGAAAGCGUGCGUCAGUUGUGUGUGUGAUAGCGAGAGAGAGAGAGAGAAAGAGAGAGAGAGUGCAUUACCGAUUAGCCGUCGAUCUUAUGCAAGAAUCGUCGUGUUUCCGGCGAUAUUUGGUGGAAAGUGUUUGAUAUUUUUGGUUUUGAUUGAAAGAACGAAGAACAUAACCUUAUGAUCUGUUUUGAGAAGCUGCGUUUCUCUUCCUAUCUGAGCCGCUUCAUUGCCGGCAUUCUUCUCUUGAUCUUUUGCAAUUCAUUCCAAUUAAUCUCCAAUUUCCCCAAUCCUAUACACCCUUAAACAAUUCGUUACCAUUCAAUUCCUCUUUGUUUCUAUAUCUCUCUCUCUGUCUCUCUCAUUCCAUUGGUUCCUCUCGAGUCUUCACAUUUGAAUUGCCUCUUUAUGGAUCCUAAACACUUAUUCUCCACCGCUUUGCUUGAUGACACUCUUUCCUCACACUUUGAGAGGCAACAACACAGAACUCUCCCGUCAGUUAUUGUAAUCGGUGCUGGAAUAUCAGGGAUUGCUGCAGCACGUAGUCUCUAUGACGCAUCUUUUAAGGUGACUGUACUGGAGUCACGGGAUAGGCUUGGUGGUCGCAUUCAUACUGACUACUCAUUUGGUUGUCCAGUUGACAUGGGAGCCUCAUGGCUGCAUGGAGUCUGUAAUGAGAAUCCCUUGGCUCCAUUGAUAAGAGGCCUGGGGCUUACGUUAUAUCGUACCAGUGGUGACAACUCUGUCUUAUAUGACCAUGAUUUGGAAAGUUGUAUGCUUUUUAACAUAGACGGUCAUCAAGUUCCACAACAGAUGGUCAUUGAAGUUGGAGACACUUUUAAGAGAAUUCUGGAAGAGACAGAAAAGGUGAGGGAUGAGCAUCCUGAGGACAUUUCAGUUUCCCAAGCGAUUUCAAUUGUGCUAGAUAGGAAUCCAGAACUAAGGCAACAAGGACUUGCCCAUGAAGUGCUGCAAUGGUAUAUAUGCAGAAUGGAAGCUUGGUUUGCUGCUGACGCAGAUAUGAUUUCACUGAAAACCUGGGAUCAGGAACAUGUCCUCACUGGUGGUCAUGGACUCAUGGUGCAAGGAUAUGAUCCUGUUAUAAAAGCUCUUGCAAAAGAUAUUGAUAUACGAUUGAACCACAGGGUGACCAAGAUAUCCAGUGGUUACAAUAAGGUUAUGGUUACGGUUGAGGAUGGCAGGAACUUUGUCGCCGAUGCUGCUAUCAUAACUGUUCCUCUUGGAGUCCUAAAAGCCAAUUUAAUUGAAUUUGAACCAAAACUGCCUGAUUGGAAAGUUUCUGCAAUUUCGGAUCUUGGUGUGGGCAACGAAAAUAAGAUUGCCCUAAGAUUUGACAAAGUGUUUUGGCCUAAUGUAGAACUCCUGGGCAUUGUUUCCUCGACCUCUUAUUCCUGUGGCUAUUUUCUCAAUCUCCAUAAAGCAACAGGCCAUCCAAUUCUUGUCUAUAUGGCAGCUGGCAGGUUUGCUUAUGACCUUGAGAAGCUAUCUAAUGAGUCAGCUGCAAAUUUUGUAAUGCUACAGCUCAAGAAGAUGUUCCCUGAUGCUUCUGAGCCGGUUCAGUAUCUUGUGUCACGUUGGGGAACAGAUCCAAACACUCUUGGUUGUUACUCGUAUGAUUUAGUUGGAAAACCAAAUGAUGUGUAUGACAAGCUUCGUGCACCCUUGGGUAAUCUAUUCUUUGGUGGAGAAGCUGUAAGCUUGGAGAACCAGGGAUCUGUGCAUGGAGCUUACUCUGCUGGGGUUAUGGCUGCUGAAAAUUGUCAGAGAUAUCUUUUGGAGAAACAAGGCCACAUGCAAAACGUGCCUCUAGCUUCUGUUAGGCAUGAAAUACUUGAAACUACUAUUCCUCUUCAGAUCUCGAGGAUGUGAUUUGUCCUCUUUUUUUUUUUGUAAAAAUAAAUAUUCAUUUAAAUUUGCAUAACGUAGUGGCAAAUUAUUAGUUAUUUGGAUAUAAUAAUGAAUUAACUAUUCUCGAGUGAUAGUUAUUAUCUUACGUGU